AUGGUGUCGAAUACGUCUGCAGCAACUGAGCCCAGCUUCCAAGCUAUCGAAGUGGCUUCUGCUCUCACCUUAGCUAUCGGACUAGUCCAGCUUAUGAUAGCCGUGCUUGGGCUUGAUUUUCUCACAACGUACUUCUCCGAACAGAUUGUCGCCGGCUUUACUACUGGUGCCGCUGUGCAUGUGUUCGUGACUCAAUUGAAAGACAUCACAGGGAUUUACGGCACACCAAGACGUGAUGGUAUAGGAAAUGCGAUGUUGCGUGUCUUCGAUAUCGCGGUUGAAAUCUACAGGACGAAUCUUACUACUAUCCUGGUGUCAAUUGUGGCUAUGGCUAUGGUAGUACUGUAUAUUGGCAAGAAAGAAGUGAUAUUUGGUGCGCUUGUUUCAUGGCUUCUUCACUUUGAAAAGAAGUUCGAAGUGCGAAUUGUUGGAGAUAUUCCGACGGGGUUGCCGCUACCAUCGCUUCCCCGCUUCGCGAUUUUACCACAUCUCAUUAAAGAAGCUGUUCCCAUUGCCAUUGUUAUCGUAGCAGUUCAUAUUUCGAUGGCAAAAUUGUUAGCUAAACAGAAUAACUACUCGAUUGAUAGACUGUCUCAUCAACAGGCGAUGCAACAUCUUGUACGCGUUUCGUUGGAUUCUGUAAUUGAGACAACAUCUCGGAAAAUCGAGCGUGUUGAUCCUGGAGUCGCUCAGUUCAGUAUGACUGACUUUAAAGAGAAGCGAACA